AUGUUUUUCAAAAGGGAAUUUAUAAAUUNAUUGAAAGAUAAAUUAAAAGAAACUAGUAAUGAAGAGGAUAGAUAAAAGUUUGAAAAAUUCAAUAAGAAUAUUUUAGCUUUUAUUUAAUUAAUUAAUAGCAAAGGAAAAUUAUUUUAAAAAAUUACAGAUAAUCUUAAAAAUAGAAUUUUUAAAGGAGAAAUUAAGAAUUAAGGAUAUGAGGAAGAAUUUCUAAAAUCAUUAAGAAGAGGACAUCCUGAACAUUUGCCAUCAGAUUUAUUAACAGUUUGGAAAGAUUUUAAAUAUUAUAGAAAUUUAGAUAAUGAAGUAUAGACAUUAUUAUUUAAUAAAAAAAUAUUAUAAGGAACUAAUGUAUAAUUUACUAUUUUUACAAGAACAAAUUCUUUAAAAGAAUUUAAUACAUAAAAUAGAAAAGAUUAAGUGAAACCUCCAUUAAUGAUUUAAUAGGCAAUUAAUUUAAUGGAACAGUUUUAUUCGAUAAAAUAAUAAACAGAAAAAAAAUCAUUGAUUUGGAAUUAUAGAGUAGGAUAAUCAACAAUUAAUUAUAGGUAAUUAUAAUAUUUUAUAUAGAUUUGGACCAUAAACCUAAUAAGUAGGCAAGAUUAUUGUGUCUAAUUUAUAACUCUUUAUUAUUCUUUACUUAAAAUAAUAUGGAGGAAGAUCUAAACCAGAAUUAUUAAAUGAUACAGGUAUUAGUUAUGAAGAAGAAUUAAGUUAAUAAAUGGAAAAUCUAGUGGAUUCAAGAUUAAUUGUUGAAAUUGAUGGAAAAUUUUAUUUAUAAAAAGAGUAGACUAAAUUAAAAAUGCAAAUAAUUCCCAAUAGACCAAUUACAUUAGUACCUAAGAAAGUUGCAGAAAAUUCUGAGGAUUAAAUACUGUUGAAAAAAGAAAGAGAUCUUAAAAUAUAAUCAUGUAUAGUAAGAUUGAUGAAAACAAACAAAGUAAUGUAUUAUCCAUAAAUAUUUGCUGGAGUAUAGAAAGGAUUACUUGGUUAUUAUGAUUUUUCUGCUUAAGAUAUAUUAGCUUAAAUUGAUGAAUUAAUAAAUUCUAAUUACAUUAAAAGAGAUGAAAAGAUUAAUAACAAGUUUUAAUAUACACCUGUAUGA